GACUGGAAAAAAUCAUGAAGAAAGCACAGAGGCAGUGCGGGACAGCAAAAUCAUCCAUUUGGAUGUGGAUUCAUGUAGCUCAUGUCUGAUUUCUUCAACCCUCAAUAGAGGUCAAGUGGACGCUGACAGAAUCUUCAAACCCAGAAGAUGGAUGGAGAUUUAUGGAGACAAUGAGGAGAAAUGCAUUGCUGACAUUUUGAAGCAAAGUAAUUUUCCCAAUGAGAUGCCAUCUCCAGUAAAGAAAAAAUCUACUGACAAUAUUAUGUGCAACACUGGUCAUGAGGUUGCAGUAGUAGGAUAUACUUUAUCUCAAGAACCUGGUGUUCUUUCCCAAGCCAAAGCUUUUGAUGCUGUUAAUAAUUUUCUAUUCGAUAAUGAUUUGGCUUCAACUCAAGAAAUUGGCUCUGGAAAAAGCAAAUUGAGCAAGUCACCUUGUGUUUCAAUUUCAAAAGGGGUUCAGUAUAUGGCUAAAUGGGUUGAUCAUCAAAGUCUGGUUGCACAAACUCCAAUUUUUGACUGGGUUGAGAGUAUUGAUGAUGAAAAGGGCGAGCUCUUCAACAGUACAAAAGGUAGCUCCUCAGAAAGAAGAGUUGAUGCAUUAAAUUUACAUAGCCAAGUUAAUAAGCAGAGGCAUUGUAGUUCUGCAGUCACUGGAGCUACAGUUGCUAUGGACGGGGAUGAAGAUGCAAAAGUUCAUCAAAUUAAUGUAAAAAUGAGGAGCUUCUCUGGUUUGAGCUCAGGUACAAAGUUUAAUAACUCUUUACCUGAAAAUUUGCUUGGAUCUAAAAAUGAGACAAUUCAAAGUGACGCAUAUGAUCAUUCAAAUUCAGGAAUUCUACAGCAGCAUUUGAAAGAUACAGAUGCUUAUGAUGGUAUUCCAGGUAUAUAUGAUGUUGGCCCUGCUACACAGUUGGCUGCUGAAGCCAUGGAGGCUUUAUGCUAUAGCCCUUCUCUAAACCAUGAAUUGAAGAAAGACAUGCAUCAAGGAAAUGACCAUUCACCUGGAGAUUCCAGCACAGAUAUGACAGUUGGCAAGAAUUUAGGUGAUACUUUGUUUCAUCAAAGGGUUUCUUCUGCUCAUGAUUUAAGAGUGAUCACAAAACAACCUAAUCAAGGGAAGGUGAAGUGCAAUAUAUUAAGUAGGGGGAGGCUCCAUGCUUUCCAAAAACAAUCUAGUAACUCAAAAAUGGAGAAGGUGGUAGAGAAUACAACAGGAGAGACACCAGCGGGAAAUAUUUUCUCCCAUUCUGAGUUGACAGGUACUGUGAAAAUGCAAGAGAAGGAAAGUAAAGCCAAUUGCCCAAUGGAAUUAUCUUUUAACCAGCCGAAGAGAAGGAGAACCAAUCACAUUACUCAUCACAAUCAUAUUGUUGUACUUGAUAACUUCAAAAAGUCAUCACUAUCAACUACAAUGCAUUUUUCUUCACAACAAGGAGGGAUAGACGCCAUUGUCAAAGGCUUUCCUGAAAUCUUUUCUACAGUAAAGAGGAAGAAGAGAUCCAUCCGUAGAGACCUUCUUGGCCAAAAUAAUAACAUCCUUUUCAAUAUAAAAGAGCAGCCAUUGUUAUCUGGUUUUGGACAAAAGUCAUCUAAAUCCUUUUCAAAAAAGAACUUGGAGAAAAAAGUUCCCAAGUCAACUUUUGAGGUGGCUGAUUCCCCAUCUUUCAAUAGUCAUCCAGAGGUAUUUGAAGAAGUCUCACCAGUGAAGCAUUGUGUAGAUAUUUGUUUGCAGGGGGGAGACAUGGUUGAAAAUCCACAAACAGGAAAGCCAUUAAAGAGAAAAGAUCAGUUUUUGGGUAUGAGAUGUAGGCUUCCAUGGAAAGAAGCAGAGAAAUUGCUACCAUUCUACAAAGCUAAUGAUCAAGAAAUUUCACAAGAAAAAGAUUCAAUUACGAAAGAUUUGCGGAGGAGAAAAUAUAUGGCUGAUGUUCGUGUUAUGUUCAGUCAGCACUUAGAUAGCAACACACUCAAGAGACAGAAAAAAAUAUUGGCACGCUUAGCGUUGACAACUGCAUCAUCAAUAUUUGAUGCCACACACUUCGUUGCAGAUAAGUUUGCACGCACAAGAAAUAUGCUAGAAGCAAUGGCUUUAGGCAGAUCUGUUGUGACACAUCAGUGGCUUGAAAGUUGUGGACAAGCUAACUGUCUCAUCAAUGAGAAGAAUUACAUUGUAAGAGAUCUGAAGAAAGAAAAGCAAUUCUGCUUUAGUAUGCCUGUUUCACUGGCUUAUGCAUGCCAAAAUCCUCUCUUGAAGGGUAGAAGGGUGUUUGUAACACCAAACACAAAACCGGACCGAGAGCUUCUUUUGAGUUUGGUAAAGGCAUCCAGUGGCGAGCCAAUGGAGAUGUCUGAAAUUUCUGCAAUUAACGAUGACAAACUACUGGACAUUCUGAUCAUAUCUUGUGAAGAAGAUCAUGCAAUAUGCCACCCUCUACUUGAUAAAGGCGCCAAUGUUUACAACUCAGAGCUUCUACUCACUGGUAUUGUCAUUCAGAAACUUGAAUAUGAGAGACAUGUUCUCUUUGCAAACCAUGCUGAAGAUUUGUAGAACUCAUCAGUAAGAUAAUAUAAUAACCAACCUCUUUG